AUGACGGACCGUAAGAGAGUUUGUGGUCCUCUGGUCUCAGUACCUCCAGCAUUUGAAGUGCCUGAACAGCCUGCGUUUACGAGGGAUCGCAAUGCGGAUAAUUGCAGAAAAAUAUACUUGAAGCUUGGAUGGGCCACCAAGGCUAUGGGAAGCGCUUAUUAUGAAUCUGGUAAAAUCAAGAUUGGAUGCAAUGUUUAUGGCCCUAGACCAAACAAGACGUUUUCUUUCCAAAAUGUAGCAAAGUUGAAUUGCGAAGUGAAGUACAGCCCCUUUUCAUUGCCAGAGAGGAAGGGACACGUACAGAGUGCUGAAGAAAAGGAUUAUGGUUUCUUACUCGAGACAGCUCUUUCCCCUAGUAUCCUACUACACUUAUAUCCCAAAAGUUCUAUCGAUGUUUAUGUACAAAUUCUUGAGAGCGAUGGAACUAUGGCAACAUUGGCAGCUGCUAUUACUUGUGCUUCUGCAGCAAUCGCUGAUGCAAACAUAGAAUGCAUAGAUCUGGUUACAGGUGUGAGCUUAUUAUAUAAAAUUCAAGGACCAGAGUAUUGGGUGGAUCCAGACUUUAUGGAUGAGUGUGGUCGACCACGUCCAUAUGGUUCUCUAGUAGUUGGCCACAUGGCUGCUCUUGGGCAUAUUACUCAGGUCUGGGAGAAAGGGAAUUGCACUUCGGAACGGCUCAAAAGUUUGCUAGAGAAAUGUACAGAGACGGCAAAGGGAAUUCGUUUGGUCAUUAACCAUACUCUUAGUCAAGAAAAAUUGGGAUCUUUGGUUAACGAUACACCUUGA